AUGUCUACUCAUCACCUCCACCCUUCCAGCUCCAGAGUGAGCAGCCGCGACGGCAACAGCUCGCGGUCAAGUGGUGCAUCGACACCCGCCAACGGGUCGAGCCCUCGACUGACACCUCCCGUCGCGCCGCCGGCCACGGAGCGCAUCGCCAACACGGGCGCCUACAGGAACGGCAGUCAGCCCCCCAACUGGCCUCGCCUGGUCGCUUCAGACGCGCUCGCCCGGGAGCUUGAGGACAUGUCGCGUCGCUGA